UAGAGUACUCCGUUUUUUCCUUUGGGGGUUAUUGAAAAGGGGAAUAUGGUCUGGUAGAACGGAAUAUCUGUUUCCUCGGUCUUGUUUCUCGGAUAGGAAAAUACUCUCUGAUAGGAUGUCUAUGAUAAAGGACGAAUUGAGAAACUGCCGACUUCACCCACUGUGUCAACGAUGAUGAUGAUUAUCAAGAACCUUCAAUGGAGUUUAUGAUAAAACAGAUCGAAUACCUUCGGGAACAAAUAUAUCAGACGACUAUCCCUCAAGUUCUCAUCAAAAGCAAAGAAUGAUAUCCCGUACAAUUGUUCUCGUUACUGGUGCAAACAGUGGCAUAGGCUAUGAAGCAGUAAAAGCCUUUCUUCACUCUACCAAACCAUACCAUAUCCUUUUCGGUGCUCGUUCUGUGGAGAAAGCUCAAAUUGCAAUUGAUGAUUUGAAGAAGGAAGUUCCAGAGUCGAAGAAUACAAUUGAAACACUCGAAGUUGAUCUUGUCAGUGAUGAGAGUAUUGAGAAGGCUUUUGAGAUGGUCAAGCUAAAGCAUGGGAGAGUUGAUUCACUGGUUAAUAAUGCUGGCGCAACCUUCGAUAUCGCCUAUACCAGUGGCAAAGGAACACUCUGUGAAUGUUUCAACAAUGUCUACGAUGUCAAUGUAGCUGGUACUCACGUCCUAACCUCCACAUUUAUAUCCCUCCUUUUCAAAUCCUCUGAUCCUCGUCUAAUACUCAUCACUAGCUUAUCAGCUAUUAAACAAGCUGCGCAAAAAUAUUUCCCCACCCCUCCACAGCCAGCUGGAUGGCCGAAGAAAAUCGCAUUCGAAACAAUCGGGUAUAUAUGUUCGAAAAUGGCACUUGAUAUGUUGAUGUUGGAUUAG